ACAGCUGAUUGCUUUUCACACAACUGUUAAUGCAUUGAAUGCAUUGAAACAUACAUUCAAUUGAUUGUUAGUGAGACUGUGUGUUGAAGUAGUAGUCAAUAGGUUUGGUAUGUGUUGUGAGCUAACAGUGCUAACAGUGUUUGUGCUCAUACCAGACAAGAUGGUGAGCCUUUAGACACUUAGCACAACUGAUCUGACCUAUCACUGGACCAGCCAUACAAUGGACCAAAUAAAGGCUUUUGUCUCUUUAGAGUCCGUCUCUCGUGUCAAUACUUUUGGUGAUAACUGUGCUGAAGACACACUCAUGUGCUGACACUAACACUCAUUGUUAACCAUUAUUAACUCAAAGACCAAGAGCUAACUAAUUGAUAAAAAAAAGCAACGAUUGUCACCACUUAUUCUCAUUGUCUUUGAUUAUGUUAUUGAUAUCAUUGAAGUCAUUAAUAGCCAAAUGUUGUCAAACGUCACAAAUAAUAGCAAUGACUUUGAACUCGACAGACAAGUAGUGGUCGACAAAGAUAUGGCCACUGAUGGUAACAUCACUAGAGAUCAAUUGAAUGGUAUGUCCGACGAGAGCCAAACGGACACGAAAACCAUUAGCCAUCACAACCACAAUCAGACACUCAAAGAUUGUAUUCAACAGACUGUCAGUGAAAAGACAAAGAAAAGGAUUACAGCAAUUAUUAAUGAGAUCGAAGAGUUCAAUGAUAUCGAAAAGUUAUUGCUUUACAUCCAACUGCCAAACGGUUCCGCACAAGAUGUCGAUCCUCUCAAACAGAAAGGUCCGGGAAAUCCCUUCGGAAAGAAAGCUGAUGUCGAAGUGGCCCAAACUUACACUUGGAUUCAAAGUCAUUUAGAGGAAGACUCAACCGUUUCAUUACCAAAACAAGAAGUUUAUGAAGAAUACAAAGUGUUUUGUGAGGCAAAUAAGUUUGAACCUCUCUGUGUGGCUGACUUUGGAAAAGCCAUGAAACAUGUCUUUCCAAAAGUCAAACCCAGACGUUUGGGACAGAGAGGUAACUCUAAGUACUGCUAUUCAGGACUUAGAAAAAAGUUAAACAUCGAACCGCCAGAACUGCCUGUUUUAGAUACGAGUGGCUAUGAGUCUACUAAAAGCAAUAAAAAUUGGGAAUCAGAUAAAAAUAGUAUAUCUGAUGACGAGUCCUUCAUUGGCAAUGAUGUUAUCAUCUCUUGGGCCACAAAAGUCUUAAAUCGCAAUUUCGAUUCAUUGCCAGAUUUGACUCAAUAUUUAAUUACUUCAAAAUCAUUUGACUUUUCAUUGAGUGAUAAUUUUAAAUCAAAUGACAAUAAAAAUUAUUUGAAAACAAAUGCAAAGACAGCCAAUGGUUCCCGAAGACCCAUUCAAAAUCAUUUACAGCGAAAGUUGCAGGAAAAAGAACAGGAAAGAAAACGAAGAGCAACUGAUGUUAAAUGUUGUUCAGAAGUGACAAAAACCAUUCAAACUUUAUCGACCAAAGCUUCGCGAAAGAGUCGCAAAAAUAGCACUUCAAAGUCAGAGACAUCUGAGUCAAUGACAACGACAUCUCUUUCGUUGCAAAUUAAAAAAGAGCCAGAAUUUGAGUUAUCGCCUAAUUUACAGACAAAUAGACCUCAAAACAAAGUCGCAAUUCCUCGUACGGUCACACCAUCUCGUAUGACUCAACCAAUAUCUACGAGUAUAAUACUUGUGCCGACGGCAACUGUCAGAUUGGCUUCACCUCAGUCUACACUUAGUAGUGAUUGUACGGCAACGACAACGAUGUCGACAAUAACCAGUUCAUCUGCAAAACAAACUACUCCUAAAUAUAAACGAAUUCAACCGAAACCCGUGAAUAUCUGUCGAUCCGACUCCGAGUCUGCCGUUUCUACAAAUCGUUUAAAUGAAACUAACGAAGCAUUUAAUAUUUUUGCCAAACGAAGACAUUCAGUAUCCGUUCCCAUAAAUAAAGACAUUAAAGUGAAACAAACAGUUGAAUCAUUUGGUGAGAAACAGAUUCAAGCAAAACGACAAAUUGAAGAAAAGGAGGCAAUAGUUAAUUCAACAAAGAAGAGACACAUCGAUACUAUCAAUACAUUGAAUACAUUUGUUUCAAACAGUACUAAUAGCAGUGGUUUUGAUGACGCAAACUCUAAUAACAGUUUAUCACCCGAUUCUUCUCAAUAUCAAACUAUCACUAAUGGCACAGAAAUAGUUGCAUCUGAUAUACGAAUCAAUGACAUUGAAUCGGAAGCACUUAUGGAUUACUUCAAUAAUUCUGCGUUUAGUGUUACAAAUAGUGGUAAAGAGCAGUGGGAGACAAAUACUAAUGGCAAUCAAACGGCAAAACUGUCGCAACUAAGACAACUGCUUGAAAAUCAUUUACCAAAUAAUACCAGUAAUAAAACACCACAAAGAGUCGGUGAAACGGCACCUCUUGAGUGUUACUCCGAAUUGAGAGAAGCACUUCUCCGCAAAAAUUUGAAUAAUUCAUUUCAAAAUUACUCAGGAUUUAAAACCAUGGAUUCAAAUGAACAAUCAAAUGGUUUAGUUUCGACCAAAGAUAUUGAGUGUCAAAUUAGUCAACAAUUAGACACUUCUCUUAUUGAUAUAAAUUCUUUGUCUUCCCUUUCUAUUACUUCCAAGAACUCGAACUUUACGAACGGAGAAUAUUUUAAUCAAUACAAUGAUAACAAAAAUGGUUUAUAUAAUAACGUUAACAUUCAGGUGCCGUCAGUGCCUCCGAGUCCUAACGCUAGAAGACGUGCUUUCAAUUUUCAACCGAUUUCACCUCGAGAUACACCAACUAUUCCCGAAAACUCUACGAUAGACUCAAUUAGUUAUAAUGGUUUUAAUUUUACAAACAAUAUAAACAGUGCGUCCCCUCAAUACAGGUUGAAUCAACAUACGGUUGGCGUUGGACCCUCUCAACCGUCAAGUGAAGUGAACAGUCCAUUUGUAUCACCAAGAAGUACACCCGUAACCCCAGUUGCGUCUAUUACUCCAUUACCUCCGAACAGAUCUCGCCAUAAUAGCGGUCAAAGCAGUUACAGUGCAUUACAACGUCAGACUCCUCUACAAACUCAAGUCGAUUCCGGUGUUUCAUCCAUAUCUAGCUCUCCAUUCAUUUCUCCGCAAACAACUCCACUUCCAACCAAUCGAGUUCGCGCCCAAACUGGAGGAAUACCACGUAAUAUGAACAGAGCUCGACAUAGCUCUGGACCGGGAGGACCCAUAUCAUUGUGUAGUGGUAUUCAUUCCGGUUUAAUCUACAAUAGAAGUAACUCAUUGUCACCAAUGAUUGGCGACAAUUUUGUAAAUGGAAACUAUGGGUCUUCGAAAUUGCCGUUUACUGAAACGAGAUCAUCUCAGAUGGUAUCUCUUGCAUCUAAUAUGAAUACAAAUAUUAAAUCGGGAACUCCUUUGUCACCCCUAUCGCCGAUGACAGUCAUUCAACAACAAGACUUUAAUUCUCUAACCAGUGAUCAACUAAAUGGCAACUCGCAUAUGACAUAUGAUUGGUCAUCCAAUCAUCUGAAAAGCACAAUAAAUGACAACUCGAUUGUUAAUAGACAAAGGCAUGCGUCUAAUCCAUACAAGAAAUCAUCAGUUACUUCAAGCAGUGAUCACUAUUCACCCGAAAUUAUAUCGCAUAUGAAAAACUCGGUGAACAUUACUCAAAGCGAAGCAAACAAAACGUAUGGACUUCUGAAUCGAUGUCAAUCAGUUCCGGCAGCAAACUUAGGUCUUGUCGGCAAAAAUGGCUCUCAUUUGUCUUCUGCCAACAGUGUUGUUGAUAUAAGCAGUCAAUUGUUAGAUGAGAGUACAGCCAUUUCAAAGUCAUAUCCGGCGACACCUGUCUGUCCCCAACCUUUCCAAUUCCCCCCAUCACCGCCUCCUUCGACAAAACAACAAAUAGUUUUUGGUGGUAAUGACCUCAUUUCAGGUAAUGUCUUACAAAGUGGUCAGGACUUAAUGGUAUCGGGAGUUCAACUUCGCGACAACAAUAUAUGGAAUCCAACGAUUGCUAGCACUCAGCCCAACGAAAAUGAACUGAUCAUAAAUGUCACUAAUAUUGGAUCCAAUUCAUCAAACGUAAGACGAAAUUUGAACGAUUUGUUGGCUGAACCUCCCGACGACUUACAGACAACACUUGAAGACCUCCGGGACUGUGAUAACGACUUUUCCAAAUUCGCCCAACAGUUAGAACUUGAAGCCAAUGAUUGCAAUUAUGAUGACUUGACUUAAAUUCUCAUCAAAAUCAUUGAGUUUUGCAAUUUAAUGAACAAAAAGUUCAUUUAUUAUAAUUAUUACUAUUAUUA